GGCAGGUGACCAAAGUGAAAAGUAAAGCCAGAAUUAGAAAAUUUUCAAGCCGGCAAGAAGUGUUUAUAGUAAAACGAAAAUGUACUCAUUUAAAUUACUAUUAAUUUGCGUUUUGUGCCACUCGUGUAUUGCAAAGGUUUUAGAAUUUGGAGACGAUGAUUUUGACUCAAGAAUGGCACAACAUGAUACGGCCCUUGUGAUGUUUUACGCACCAUGGUGUGGACACUGCAAGAGAUUGAAGCCUGAAUACGCCAAAGCCGCUGAAGAUUUAAUCAGAAAUGACCCCCCUGUGGCUUUAGUUAAGGUAGAUUGUACUGAAGCUGGUAAAGAAACUUGUAACAAGAACAGCGUUAGUGGGUAUCCCACACUAAAGAUUUUCAGGAAUGGUGAAUUCUCUCAAGACUAUAAUGGUCCAAGAGAAGCAGGAG